ACUUCUUGUAUUUCUGCAGGAUUUUAGUCGUGUGAUACCUAGCUAAAUACAACAACUCUGUUUUUAUAUUACAACAGCUUAGCAGGGAAGUCAGUUACUGUGUCUGUUGCAGUUCUGCUGAAAUUCACAAAUUCCCUGAUUUUAAAACAAAUGAUUUCUCUGUUUCAGCUGCAGGCUCGUUUGGUGAUGAGUGUCAUUGCAGUCCUGUCUGUGAAUAUUGUGACAGCCAACAUGUUACUGAGUGUCUUCUUUCUUUCAGGUGUUUGGGCUGAUUGUCCUCAACAGCCAGCAGGCCUCUUCAUUACUGCACCACAGAAGAUGGAAGCACUGAGUGGAUCUUGUUUGCAAAUCCCAUGUAACUUUAGUGCUAAAUCAGAACAAGAGUUUGACAGCAGAAGAGAAACCUUCGGAGUGUGGAUUAAAAGUGAUUCUAAGUUUAGCAUCAAUCCAGACAAUGUGAUUUUCAACAGUAGUGGGACAGUUAACACCUAUCCAAUGAGGAUUACUGCAAACCUGAGUCAGAAAAACUGCACCACUCUGUUUUCCAGUUUACUCACAAGUUAUACAAACACAUACUUCUUCAGAAUUGAGAACAAACCAUUCAUGGCGACAGCAUCUUGUGAUCCUCUUCAAAUAACAAUUAAAGAUUCUCCUCCGAGCCCCAGAAUUGAGAUCCCAGCUGAUCUGAAGGAGAAGCAGUCUGUCACUAUAACCUGCUCAGCUUCCACUCCCUGUCCACACUCCCCUCCUAAACUCACCUGGAACCUCCAACAAGACUCUCACAGCAACACAGAGGAAAACACAGAUCGAACCUUUACAACUAAAAUCCAGGAGACCAUCAUUCUGUCAGACCAACAUGAUGGAUACAACAUCACCUGUUCUGCCAGAUAUCCUGUGAAUGAAGGAAAAGAUGUCAGGACAGCAGAGGAGAGAAAGACUCUCAGUGUUUCAUAUGCUCCUAAAAACACCUCAGUGUCCAUCAGUCCAUCAGGUUUGGUGUCAGCAGGUAGCUGGGUGAACCUGACCUGCUCCAGCAGAGCCAAGCCUCCCGUCAGCCGCUUCACCUGGUUCAAGAGCAGCACAGAUGGACCCAAGAACGUAUCUGAAGGAGAGGUUUACAGCUUCAAGGUGACCAGUGUCACUGAUGGAGGAGUUUAUUACUGUGUGGCAACAAAUGAUCUCAGUGAUCAGACAUCAUCAGAGAUCCAUCUGACUGUUGGAGGGAGACAACGGGAGGCAGUUCUUGGAGGAAUCAUCGGGAUCAUUGCACUCAUCUGCCUGGUUGUCUGUGUUUGGUGUUUAAAGUCAACACGUCCAACUACACAACAGACUCAGGGUCAAACAGGUGAAGAGCUGGCUGUUGAAAACCCAGCAUUUAAAACUGAAGAAAAAGAAGAAGACAUCCAUUAUGGAGAGAUUGAUUUUUCCAAGUGGAGCCCUGAACUGUCCUCUGACUCAGUGCAGGACAGUGGACAGCAGCAGGAUACUCUGUAUGCACAGGUCAAACUGUCCCAGCCAGCAAACAGCUUAACACAGACUCCUAGAGGAUCUCUGAGCUCAAGUGAAGAAAAAAUGAAGAUUGUUUUGUGAUCACAUUUGGACUGCAUACAUACUUACAUUUUGUUUUUUGCGUUACAAUUUACUUUAUGUCAGUUAAUUUAGAAAGAGACACUGGAGAUUGGACAGGAAAAUAUCUUCACUUUGCUGAAAGUCAAAACCUCCACACCCUGCAGCUGGUUUCAUCUUUCACACGUUAUCACAUUAUAGUUCAAAUGUAUGUGCUGACCUCAUACAUACGUUGAUGCUGUGUGAUAAAUCAUCUCUUUUUCAGAAAUGGGCAAGUGAAAAAGGGAACUAUUCUAAAUGACAUGAGAAAAAAAAUACAGCAAACUUGAACCCAAAGCUGUUUUAUACUCACAUUACUAGUGUUGUAAUAUUAUAUUUGAAAUGUUUGAGUAAUUUAAUUUUGCGAUAUUUUACAAUUCAUUUUUAAUCUAAUCAUUUGUCACAUAUUUUGUAUCCCAUGUUUUUAUUGUAUUUUAAUCACUUCAAAAAUAAACACGAGGCGUUGUCUGAAGAU